CUGGGUAUCUACGAGUCUAGUAAGAGAACGACGACGAUAGCGCAUGCAAUGAGCAGCAGCGAAGUGGACGAGAGUUGUAAAGUUUUGCAACGAAAUUGUGGCCCAAGCGGCAGAUGGACGAUUGCGUUGUUUCUAUCGUUAGUUGUGGGCAAUUUUGUGUUUAGCGGUUUUCUGUUGUGGAAGCUCAGUGUUCAGGAGAAAAGAUUUGAGAAAAGCGUAGAGAAGUUGCAGUUGGACUUGCAGGAACUUCAAGUAGAAAAAGAGGAAAUGAAGCAGGUUUAUGAGACGUUGUCUGAGUAUGGAGGAGAAAGAGGGAAGAGGUCGGAACAAUCUCCCAGUCAGUCAUCACAAGUUACAAUCAACAUUGCACACGUAUUUGGGUCAUUCAUCAAACAGAUGUGCAAACCACAAUCAGCAAUUUGUAUAGCAGGUCAACCAGGAAGAGACGGAUUGCCAGGUUUGCCAGGUAGAGACGGUCGUACAGGAUUGCCAGGACCAGCUGGAAGGAACGGCGAAGCGGGAAGGAAUGGUGAACCUGGCAGUAAGGGAUUAUCAGGUAAACAGGGUCCACGUGGAAUAGCAGGUAGGAAAGGAGAGAUGGGAGUGAGUGGAGAGAAAGGAGAAAGAGGAGAGAGGGGAGUCGGUGGACUACAAGGAAUUUUGGGUCCUCGAGGAGAAAAAGGAGAAGAAGGAGACAAAGGUGAACGAGGAUAUCCUGGUUUUAAAGGAGAGAAGGGUGGAAAGGGGGAGAUUGGGUUACAAGGAGGAAAAGGAAUGAAAGGAAUAAAAGGAAACGAAGGGGAUGAGCAGGAUUUACAUCAAUUGUUUGGUCUACCCAGUCAAUGUUUACCAUGGAAACAUCGUGUUUUAAAUGAAACUUGGAGACAAACAUCUGAGCAUUAUUCUAAGACAACUCUUCACUGUGAUAAUACAGGUCAUUCAUACAAUCAACAUGGUUUCACACCAGGCUGGCAUUCAUUCAGUCCUACAAUAGGUGGAGCUAUGCCAGAGAAGUGCACAUCUGGUAAAUACUGUGGAACUCAUGCAUCAGGAUGGUUAAAAGGAUCUCACCCAAAUGUAAUUGGUCAAAAAAUUUCAAGAACAGUUUGCUUUAGUUGGAGCAGUAAUUGUUGUUCUUAUCGGACUAGUGUUGAAGUGAUCAACUGUGGACAGUAUUACAUAUACGACUUACCUAGCACUCCAGGUUGCGGUCUAGCUUACUGUGCUCGAGGACAGUGAAGAACAAGUUUCCUUUAUUAAAACCAUCACAUGUACUUAUCUUUCCAUUUUUGUGUGUAUCUAUGCUUCUCUGACUAGACAAGUGUCUGCUAAGAAUGAUUGUUGUAACAGCUUCUUGUUGUGUAGGAUUGCUGCAUACAGUAUGAUGUGCUGCUAGAUGGAAAUUUUGUUAUAAACAUACACAGUU